CUGCUUCCGGAGACGUCUCCGACUCUCCAGAGAUCCCAAUGCCCAAUCCUGCUGGAACUUGGCUGUAGCCCCCACAUCCCAUUCCCUUUCUUAUUCUUUCUUUCCUUUUUUGGUAUUUCAUCUUUGUUUCUUUUCAGGGUUUUUUCAUCUAUUUUUGCGCUGUUUCUUUGAUCUUCCCAUCUUAGAAAAAUGUUUUCUUGAUCAUGUUUAGCUGUAGUUCAUCCAUAAAGAUAUAUUCUUUGAUUGGUUAACAUCAUGGGAUGGUACAGAAGAUCAUCAACAUUCAUUUCUGAUGCUUUCCGUUGCUACUGUUCAAAGAUUGCUGCGCUCAGAAACCCCAUUCAAGAAUCGAUUUCAGGAAACAGUCUAUACACUUCUUUCAGGCCCAAGUCAAGAAUUUCUGAGUUCUCUCAACCAAUUUUCAGGAACUCAGCUCUCCAGAAUGUUUGGAGGAGCCCUUUUCUUGAUGGGGCAAAGAGGUUUUACUAUGUGGAUAGGAACCAGGUUUACCACUUUAGGCCCAGAGGGUACAAACGGUGGAUUCAGAAUCCAAAAAAUGUGUUAGCAAUAGUUUUGGUUGGUUCUGGAGUUGUGAUUACUGUGUAUUUUGGGAAUUUGGAGACUGUCCCUUACACAAAAAGAACCCAUUUUGUUCUUUUGUCAAGAAAUCUUGAAAAAGAGCUGGGAGAGACCCAAUUUAAUCAGCUCAAGAAACAGUUUAAAGGGAAAAUUCUGCCACCUCUUCACCCUGAAAGUAUUAGGGUUCAAAGGAUAUCACAGGAUAUAAUUGAGGCUUUGCAUAAAGGAUUGAGAAAAGAGCAGGUUUGGAGUGAUAUUAGGUACUCACCAGAAAGCGUUGGAUUGCCUAUUGAGGCUCAUGAACAUGAGACAAUUAAGGCAUUGAGUGAUAGGAGUCUUGAGGAGGAGCAAUGGCAUGGUGAAGAUAAGUGGCGCAAGGAGGAUGAAAUCCUAGAUGAUCAGUGGGUUCAAAAGAGUAGGAAAAAAGGUCAAGAAAAGGGGAUGGUAUCUCAGACGGGGCAUUUAGAGGGAUUGAAGUGGGAGGUUAUUGUGGUUAAUGAGCCUGUGAUCAAUGCCUUCUGUUUGCCUGGUGGGAAGAUUGUUGUUUUCACCGGAUUGCUUAAUCAUUUUAGAGCGGAUGCUGAGAUUGCAACUGUUAUUGGCCAUGAGGUUGGUCAUGUUGUCGCAAGGCACUCUGCAGAACAAAUCUCUAAAAACCUUUGGCUGACCAUAUUACAGUUGAUACUAUACCAAUUUUUCAUGCCUGAUAUUGUCAAUACCAUGUCGAAUCUCUUCCUGAGGCUCCCUUUUUCUCGGAGGAUGGAGAUGGAAGCAGAUUACAUUGGCCUACUGUUGGUUGCUUCUGCAGGCUACGAUCCCCGAGUGGCUCCCCAAGUCUAUGAGAAGUUGGGAAGAAUCACAGGUAAUUCAGCACUGCAAGAUUAUCUUGCCACUCAUCCUUCUGGGAAGAAGAGAGCUCAAGUUCUUGCUCAAGCUAAAGUCAUGGAAGAGGCCCUCACCAUAUACAGGGAGGUACAAGCGGGGCGUGGAGUCGAGGGCUUCCUUUAACUUUCUCUCUAUACUCAAAGCAACUGCACUUCUUCCAUUCAGACAAGUUUGGUUAUCAACUAACAGAUGAUAAGGACUCUGUUUUCCAAUGAUUCCUUGACUUUUAUCAAUGUUUCUCUGGCUCCUCUCUCACUGACAGCCUUAAAAAUCUGAAAUACGGGGGAGCAUCCUAUGAAUUGUAUUUGCUUUGUUGCUGCUACCUACUAGUGUAUUCAAGUCUGUAACGAAUGAAACGAAACUACUUUUUUGGUAAGCAUUCCAGUUUUUGGCAUCAUGGCCUGCCUGGUGUACUAUGGAAGCUGGCCUGAAUGUUGUCUAUAGCUUGUGUUCUCACCACAAAUUAAGACUUCUCUGUUAACA